GUUAUGCAUGCAGCAAUGGCGGUGGCGCUCCAGUCGUGGUGAUCGUGUCAGUUUGUGUUUGUCGUUCGUUUGGGUGUUGAAAAAUAGUUAAAACAAAAACAAAUAAUCAAAAUAUUAGUGUCUGGUGUGUAUAACAAAAAUAAGUGCAAGCAGUGAUAUGCGGAUUACUCUAUCGUGAAACAACAAAAAGGACGUGCGUGUUUAUCGAAGUAAUAUGUGGAUUUGACAGCUAGAUUACAACUUGUAGUCAGUCAACACAGUAGAAACUCAAAACCAUUUCAACGUAGCCAACAAACCAUCAAUGUGCGUCCAAAAAAAGAUCCGUCUCUAAAAUGAGGAGGUAGAGAUAAAGGUAACGAUGAAUGGAGUGUCUCCCGCCGGGGGGCUGGUGCAACCGCAGCCCCAGCCCAACGUAACGACGCAUUUGAAACGCCAGAAAUUGACCAGCUGUAGGGAUAGUGUUCCGUCGGUUCAUGGUAGGCCUAACAGUUCGCUCAACAUCAAAACGAGAUUGAGCAACCAUCAGAGAAAUUUGAGCCUCGACUUUAGGUCUAUGGGAAUUCUUUUGCCUCCUGUCACUCAAGUCACCACUUCGACGACCAACCACUUAACUCACCACCACCGCAACCGGAGUCUCGAUUCCGCGCUCCAACGCAUCCCAGAGGUAGACGUCACACCGAGUCCAGAAUGCGAAACCGUCAACGCCAUCUUAUGUUCCACCGUCUCCAACACCAGCGAACCUCAUCCCAAAUCGUCUUCCAAGCAACGAAACGAUGAACUAGCCAGCCUGGGUUCUGACGAUUCUGGUAUCCUGUGCGGUUCCGAUGCCGGCUCGUCGUCCGAAUCUAACGCCACUCGAGAAUCUAGUGUCGAAUACAUCGAUAAUAUCGCGGCCGAACGCAAGACCGAAUCGAAAGAAGAAGUCGAUUGCGAGGAAGAUAACGACGAUGACUCGGAACGGACUAAAACCAGCUCGAGUUCGUGUUCGAGCUCCGAUGCACCGAAGAGUUCCGGUAUGUUGCGAUUGCUCGAGAGCAAAGUGUUCGACGUUUCGAUGGCAAUGCAUUACCUCUUCAAUAGCAAAGAACCGGGAGUGUUGUGUUAUAUUGUUAACAAGAUGUUUAGUUUUGAUAAUCACGAGGUGGACUUUUAUUUACCUCAGUUGGUGUGUAUGUACAUACAGAUGCACGACGUAGCCGAAGUUAUACAUAGGUAUCUCAUUCAUAGAUGUAGAAAAUCCAUAGAUUUUUCGCUGAAGUGUGCCUGGUUAUUGGAUGCCUUUAGUUCAGACGCAUCCGUACCAACUAAAAAGAAGCCUCACGGCAUCAAACUGCGCAACCUCAUCCUUUCUGAUGAACUCAGGCCGAAAGACCACAAGAUAAUGACGACGUCUCUGAAUAGCGCGUCCGGUGAUAAACUGACCGUCCCACAGCACAUCAAAAAAACCCACCAGAGGUCGCACAGUGACGCUUCCGCUCUAUUUCCAGGUCUGAAGAAGAGCGCUCCCAACGCGACGAAACUCAGUCUGGGCGAUUUGAGUUCAGGCAGAGCCUUCGACAACGGCUGUGUAUGUUUUGACAGUUGUCAGAGCGUAGUCAACGAUCUUAGGGGAGAAAAGACUGAAUGCAUUUGUUCGGCGCCUAGACUAAGGCCUGAAUUGGAAUUCAUGCAAGCACUGAUCCUCAUCGGCAAACUACUUAGUUCCAUACCGACUAAAGAAGCUAAAACCACAAGACUUGUAGCUGAGUUGACUACGCUCAAUCUCAAUCUGCCGGCCAGAGUAUGGUUGCCGUUGAAUAGUCAAUAUCCCCACUUUAUCGUUAGGAUACCUCCUCAAGUGGCAGCUGUACUCAACUCCAAAGAUAAGGCACCCUACAUAAUCUACGUCGAGGUAGUUGAAGUUGAAGACUUGGAGAGCUCUCCUGUGCCACCAAAGAUCAUGCCAACCUUGAGGCAUACCAAAUCUGAAGAAAAUCUGAAACACGAAAGCGUCUCUCUUUCCGCGUUCAGUAUGUGCGGAGGUUGCUACGAUGACUUAGAUCCCGAUUGGAGUCAAGAAGACGAUGAAAUCUCACAACAGUACAACCAAAUGAGAAAGCCAGUAGACAGGGAUACUAUUUCGCAAAUGAGUCAAGAAUCUAGCGAUUCCAGAGAACCACCAAUGUCAAUACCAGCCAGUGAGAUAAGAAGGCGACUGUCUGAUUUUUUUCACGAAGAGAAAAAUAAGCAGUUCACCCACGACCCAGAAGACCCUUCUGCAGCUGUCCUGAAAGAGCCUUGGCAGGAUAAAGAACAAAGAAUUCGGGAAAGUUCACCAUAUGGCUAUCUAUCAUCGUGGAAGCUGCUCUCAGUUAUCGUCAAAUGCGGAGAUGACCUACGACAAGAGUUAAUGGCUUCACAGAUAUUGGAGACUUUCCAAAAAAUUUGGGAACUCGAACAUGUUCCGCUCUGGUUGCAUCCGUACAGAAUAUUGUGUUUGUCAGACGACAGCGGCCUGAUUGAACCCAUAUUGAACACAGUUUCUCUUCAUCAAGUGAAGAAACAUUGUCAGUUAUCGCUACUCCAAUAUUUUAUCAAUGAAUAUGGACCGAUGACUUCAGAAGGCUUCCUUACAGCUCAGAAGAAUUUCGUACAAAGUUGUGCCGCUUAUUGCCUUAUCUGUUACUUGAUUCAGGUUAAAGAUAGGCAUAACGGAAAUAUUCUCCUAAAAAGCGAUGGUCACCUGAUCCAUAUCGAUUUUGGUUUUAUUUUAUCAACGUCACCUAAGAAUCUUGGUUUCGAAAAAUCGCCUUUCAAACUAACUCCUGAAUUUGUAGAAAUAAUGGGAGGUGAAAAUUCAGACAUGUUUGAGUAUUUCAAAAUUUUGAUAUUGCAAGGGUUGAUUGCUGCCAGGAAACACCAUGCAAUGAUAGUUACCUUGGUGGAGAUUAUGCGAUCAGGAUCCCAGUUACCCUGCUUUAAAUCGGGAGCUUCAACGGUGCAAAAUCUCAAGAACCGCUUCCACAUGAGCAUGACGGAGGAACAACUCAGACUCGAAGUAAAUCGUAUGGUAGAGGGCAGCAUCCACUCCCUCUCUACAAAAUUAUACGACGGCUUCCAAUAUUUCACCAACGGCAUCCUAUAACUGUGUCACUGUUCCUCAACUCUAGGUGGUAAUUUGUUACUAGAUAUAUGAUUGUACAGAGUGUCGUAUUGUUUUUAUAGUUCGGUCUGCACGAGUAAGAAUAGAUUUAAAAUGGAAUCGAGAGGCUUUAUUUUAUUGUAUAUAUAAAGAUUUAUUUAAAAGCUAAAUCGGAAGACUUACCGGAAGUUGGCUGUAUACCAUUUAGUUAAAGAAAUUUAACAUUGAAGUAAGACCUUCGGUUGUAAUCGGUAUAAAUAUUUAAUUAAAAAUUCGAAUGGAUUACAAUAGUUGAUUGUAAUCCAUCAGAACGAACGUUUUCGAACUUAUCAGUCCAUCUUCAGUGGAUUUUGAAGUACUGCGAUAAUAAUCGCAAAACCAAACAGUGAUUGGGUUUAAAUUGAAGACUUCUUCUUCUUAAAGUAUCCUCUCCUCAAUUGAGGUUGGCUACUAAUUGCAAACUCUUCUCCGUCUUCAGCUGUCCAUUGUCGGAUGUUUCUUAGCCACGAUAGUCCUUUUCUUUCCUAGUCCUUUUACUAUUAGUUGAGCAUACUGUUACUUAUUAUUUCUCAAUAUGUGGCCAAGGUAUGAUGAUUUUUCUAACUUUCACUGUAUUGCAAAGUUCUCGUUCCUUGCCUAUUAUAUGCAGCACUUCUUCAUUUCAGGUGUGCGAUCACAGAUUUUUCCGGUAGACCCACAUUUCAAAGGCCUUCAAUUUAUUUACGGUUGAUAUUGUAAGGGUCCAUGUCUCAACUGCAUAGAGUUGAGCAGACGUAGCAUUUUGAUAUACGUAGUCGAAUUUCGAGUUUUAUUCGAGAAUCACAUAGCAGUCUUUUGAUUUUUAAGAUUUUCUGGCCUGUUCCAUUUUCUAAAUCAUGAUAAUUCGAUCUAUCGAUCGAACAUCGGCGAGACCGUAUCAUCGGCGUAUCUGAUGCUGUUGAUAUUUACGCCAUUCUCCUUUGACAUCAUCCUUGGAAUCCUCCAGUGUCGUUACAAUGUACACAUUUCAUAACACAGGUUUCGUUUGGUUCAUGUAUUUUAGUAUAUUUAAUGCAUUUAUUAUUUUUUGUUUUGCACAGAUUUUUGGUGUGCCCGUAAUUUAGGCAGUUAAAAUACUGUAUAACUGGCAUUGUGUAUGGCAAGAUUAUAUGUUCUAUACCGCAAAUUAAUACUCCCCUCGGUAAAGUAGUACCUGUAAAGGUAUAGCAAACAGUUCCAGUUGGGAAAAGUGUUAUCACCUCUUCACUUUGGCUGCCUUGUUGAGAUAUCUCAUCUGUUUUAUAGCUUAAUUCUUCUAUUAAAUAAAUAGAAACUAGAAGUAAAGAUUAAAUACCAGGAGUGACAGAACACAUCCCUGUCUAAUACCUCUCCUGAUUUCUACUUCUGCGGACAUGUAAUUUUGAUCCUAACUGUGGCGUUUUGGUUGCAGUACAAGUUUUUUAGUAGUUUGAUGUCUUUCCCAUGUAAACCGACUUCUUACAAACGUUCUAAUAGUAAGUCGUGUCUAACUCUAUCAAGUGCUUUUUCAAAGUCUAUGAAGCAUAUAAAUAUAUCUUUCUGUUGGUCGUAGCAAUUUUGGGCCUGAACUAGUAAACUGAAGAGGGCUUCUCUUGUUCUUAUGCCAGCCCUGAAUCCAAACUGAUCGUCUCCAAUGAUUGUUUGGCACUUUUUAUAGAUAUUGAAGACUACAUAUGUACUUAAAAGUAUUAAAUUAAACGAGAUAAAGUCGAUAAAAAUGGAUAUCACUAUCCGAGAACAGUAUGUGUCCGUAGUCGAAAUAGCAAUUACUACUAUCUUAGUCUGCAAUAGCCUGUCAACUCUUUUAGUUAUUGCAGACCAAGAGAGAUGUAAUUGCUAUCUCGAGUAGGGACAUAUACUGUUUCCGGGUAGUUAUAUCCAUUUGCGUGGCUUAAUAGUCCAGAGAAAUAAGGUUUUUGUCGGGACACUUGAGCAGCCAGUUUGCAAAUGAGUUUUUUGGGUACUAUAUACCUAAUACAUUAUAAAUACAAAAAUACCCGUCACAUUUCGGACGAGAAUUUUAGUUAUUAACAAAAAAAUUGCCAUUUUUGACACUUAUUUGUUAAUAACUAAAAUUCUCGUCCGAACUGUGACGGGCAUUUUUGUAUUUAUAAUGUAUUAGGUAUAUAGUACCCAAAAACCCAUUUGCAACCUGGCUGCUCAAGUGUCCCGAACAUGGUGUAUUUUUACCUUAUUUCCCUGGUGUAUAAUGACGUUUAAUUGAAUAGUUUUAAGUAACCACUGUUUGGUGUUGCAGUUAUUACUUCAAAGUUCACUAAGGAUGGAAGAUGGAAAAGGUUGGUUCUGAACAAUCAACUACUGUAAUCAAUAUGAAUUGUUAAUUUUGAAUUUUUGAUUAAAUAUUUACACCAAUUACAACCGAGGUUUUAACUUCGAUGUUAGUUAUUUAUUUAAAACUCGUUUAAGAAAUUAUAGAACAUUGACGCGCAUUUUUCAAUACGUACUAUAUUAUUAUGUCACCAAAUUUUUGUCUUUUUUAACGUACUAUUUUUUUAUCAUGUUUAUUGAUCAACAGGCAGCCAAUUACUGUAUUAGUUUGUCUUCAUGUUGAGAACAGGAAAAGAGAAAAUAAGUUCAAAAUUGAAGAUUUAAUUUUUCGCUGUAAGGAUUUCUGGUUGUUCUUUUGUUCAAGUAUUAUUGUGAGAUAUUUUGUAAAACGAUAAGUUCUGGUGUAGAAGUAAAUAUAUUUAACAAACUUGACUUUUUUAUCUUAAGGUGAUACAGUAGCGAUCAACAGGUAGCCAAAACGCGUUCCAAGAUUGCGGCUGUAAUUUUGAAUAUUUUUUCGAGAUAUUUGGCACACGUAUUCGUAAUAUAAUAAAGAAUGGCGGUACAGAGCCCAAUUUGAAAAAUAUAUUAAUAUGUGGAAAUUACUCUGUAAUUAAAUACAAUAUUAAAAAAACGAGCCUGUACCGCCAUUAAGAAGAACAAAAAAAUACACUUUCUUCAAAUAAACUUUUUAUCCGAUGCCUAGAUUUUGUGUCAUUUUGGAACUACUAAUGAAAUAAAAAAAUUUAGUUGUUCCAAAAUGACACAAAAUCUAGGCAUAGGAUAAAAAAGUUUAUUUGAAGAAAGUGUAUUUUUUUGUUCUUCUUAAUGGCGGUACAGGCUCGUUUUUUUUAAUAUUGUAUUUAAUUACAGAGUAAUUUCCACAUAUUAAUAUAUUUUUCAAAUUGGGCUCUGUACCGCCAUUCUUUAUUAUAUUACGAAUACGUGUGCCAAAUAUCUCGAAAAAAUAUUCAAAAUUACAGCCGCAAUCUUGGAACGCGUUUUCGCUACCUGUUGAUCGCUACUGUUUCCUCUUAAACAUGGUUUUUGUGCUUUGGGAUGACCCUUAUAUUUAUUUAUUUAAAAUAUUUUAUUAUUAAAUCCUACAAUUACUACUUUUACGACAUGAUAAGAAAGUUAAAUACUCUUUAUAUCGACAAUAAAGCAAAGCCGAAUCAAGUACACUCUAUAAUUUAUAAUCUAUUUUUAAAGGAUGUUAAUCUUAUAAUCUUAUUUAUGCGGACGAGGUUUAUAGGUGCGGGAAAGAGAAAAAUCAAUGAACUUUCGAAGUUCACAUUGAAUUGUAAAAUUAGUUUAUUUAAGGACAAAAAACCGCCCUGAAUUAUUUUAUUGUUGUUAAAAUGCUCAAAGUUUAGAAUACCGUUCGUAAUAGAAGCGAAACUGAACGAAAAAGUGAACUGUUUACGGAUCGUAGUGGCGUUUUUAAAUAAUAUAUUAGUGUUAAGAGGGGCUAUUCGCACUGAAAACGGACUACUGAAGUCUGAUAUCAUACGAGUAGUUGUGAACUAUGAAGCUUUCCAAACAAUUUUUAAGAACAUGCAAAGAGACAUAUCUCUUCCAAAUUGUUUCUUUUCCUUUUUGAAUUUUUUGUAAAUGACAGCUUGGCGUCUAUUUUUUACUUAGUGGUGAUGAUACCUACUCGUAUCCACUAUAUUUGCUAAAUUACAUAAUAAAAUAAUAAUGAAUAUCUAGAGAUAAGAUCAUUUUUAAAAUAGAUACGUUUUCUACAUGGUUUUUGUACAUGCCCGUACCACUGCAGGACUGUUUGCAACUUUUUUGUAAUUGAGCGUUCUACUUCCAUUCUGUUCCAUAUUUCCUCUGUUCUUAUUUUAUCUACUCUUUCUCUCCUCAUCAAACUAGCUAUCAAAAAUAACUACCUCCUUCAAGGAAGUUAAUUUUGAUAGCUAGUUACUACCUCGUUCAAUUUCAUUUCUCUAAGGUGUUUGAAAAUAUUCUUCACAUACUCUUUAUCUGUGUGUGGUGAACAAUGGAUUGUUUUUGGUUUACUUUCAAUAAACUUAUUUGCUUUUUUAGUACCGUCUCUUCCUUUAUUUACUCGUUUUCUUGGUUUGCCAUCAAAGGAUCAUUUUUGCUACUUAUCUGGGUCAACAAUGGGAAGUUUUUUGUUUACUUUCAAGCUUUUAUUGAAUCUUCGUUGGAUUCCAAAACACUGUUCUAGUGUAGCUGUGUUUACAGUAAAUAGGUUCUAUAAUUUUAGACUCUCUUUUGUCGACUCCGAUGUCGUUCAAUCUUUCUAUCAAGCUCCUGGGCUGUACUCGGUCGAACGCUUUUUCAAAAUCUAUAAAACAGAAAAAAAGGUCUGCUUGUUGAUCUUUGCACCUUUGUGCCAGAGUUUGAAGACAAAAUAUUGCUUCUCGUGUCCUCAUACCUUUCCCGAAGCCAAAUAAUUGUUCUUGACCGGUGACUUGUCACAUCUCUAUAUAUUCUGUUCUGUAUGAUUCACAAGAAAAGCUUCUGAAUGUUAUUUUGUAGACUUACAAGGCAAAAGUCCUGGCAUAAUUUGGCGAUCUUCUUUUUUGGCAGUGGUAUGAAGACGGAUUCAAACCAUCUUCAAAGUACAAUAUAAUAAAUGUUUUAUUUUCAGUUUUUUUAGUUACUUAUAAUAAUACUACAAUCUAUGUCGCUACAAAUAAAAAGUUGAAAUUAGAUAUAUUAUGCACUUUUAUGUGUUGUUGAAGUUUGUUUGGGAAAUAUGUCAGUUCGACUUGUUCAAUUGAAGUCCCAGCUUUAGUAGUCCAUUUAAAUCUACCUUCUCUACGUGCUGCGUGUACAUAAAUUUUAAUAUAGCGUGUAUAUUUUUUAAAGUUAAGUGCAGAAUAAAAAAUACUCAAGUCAAUUUUUCAUACUAAAUAACAAGAUACUUUCGAGGCCAAAUAUGUAAAAAAGUGACGUUUUUUAUGUAUUUUAUUUUGUUAAAUAUAAUUUUAAAAUUAACAAAUAUAUUUAUUUCUAUGUUUAAUUUUAAAAUAGUGUGUAGAUUAAUGCAGUGGUUAUUAUAUAUAUGAGAUUUAUUGAUAUUAAAAAAAUGUAUAAUAUAAAACAUUCCAAAAAAAAAGGAAAUGUAACUUGUUAUUAUUUAUAGUCCUGGGGUGUAUCUUUAUUACUAGGAAUAUGGAAGAGUAACCAAGAGGCAUGUUUGCUUUCAUUCGUGAUGGAUGAUGAUAAAACAUUAAAAAAAAACAAGGUAUUGCAAGUGUUUGUAAUGUUGAAACGAGCUGAAUAUUGCCAGAGUAUACUUCACAAAUACAACAAUCACUUAGUAGAUGCUGCUAUAACCAUGCAUUUAUAUUUAUAUUUGCUGUUGUAAUCAUGAAUUUAGUCUAUUUCAUUCUCAGUCAUCUUCUCCGAUAUUUGUAUAAGUAUAGGCGUGUUCCAUCUGUUACCCAAAGAGAUCAAUAAUAAAUUGUGCUGACAAAUAGGAAAAAGCACUUUUAUAGUCUUAAAAUAGAGCAAAUAUUUUAAAGACCAGUUAUCCACGAAUACUGUAUACUAUUUUUUUAUUGGCACACUUCUAAAUCAUGUAUUAGUACUACAAAAAUUGAAAUAAGAGCUAAUAAUGUAAAAAUUUGUGGUGUACAUCAGUAGUAUACCUUUCGUUGUUAUAGAAAUGAGAAAAACGAAAAUUAAUUUGCAAUUUGUCACAAAAAUUAAUUAUUAUUACUGGUCGUAAUGGAAGUACAACCUCAUUGGCUUCCGAAAAUGUCGGUAGCAUUAAUUUGAACAACAUUUCCUUCGAUUUAAAAAACGAAAGUAUAAAAUAUUUCAAGCAAUACCAACUGUACUUUCACAUUCAUUUAAAAGAUUAAGAUUUUCAAAUAUUUGAAUAAAUCUUUUGAAACAUUUGUUAGUAAUAUUUUAUUCAUAUUUUAUUUAUUUGACGUUACAAGGUAUGUAUUCCUGUCACGUCAGAUCAAUAUUUAAAACUGUUGAUGUUGCCAUGGUAACUUUAAAAGACGCGCUGAGGCGUACUUUAAAUAAGAAAAAUGGGGUACCAAUAAAAAAAUAUUAUUUUAUUUCUGUUUUAAAUCUCUUGCAGGUUAACAUGUCCGUUUAGUUGUAUGUCUGGUCUUAGCUACAUUACAAACAUAUGUAGUACAUGUUUUUAAAUAAAAAUGUUACCGAAUCAUCUUAGAGCGGUUAUUCUCAAUGUUUCUAAGUGAACGGAAUGCAACCUUAGAAAAUCAAAGAGUUUUAAUAUGUAACUAUCUCUGAUUGUUGAAUUAUGCAAAACAAGAACAAUGAGAUAUGCCAGUUUGCCUUGUAAGUUAUGUCCUUGUAAUUAUUGUUCUGACGUUUCUGCUAAACGUCAUAUUUCAAUCAUAUCUUCACCCAGUAAAAGCUAUUUGCUGCUAUAUUUUAUCAUUAUUUAACACAUACGCAUAUGCUACAGUUUAAGCUCAAUCAUUAACUUGAAAAGUAUUGCAGCUUAAACAUUGGCGUGUUAAACUGGUCUACAUAGAAAAAUUUACUUUAAAAAUCUUAUCAAUAAUUUAGUAAUAUAUGGUACACAAUAACACAAUUAUACAUUCACCCCUGUGAUGUAUCAAACAUAAAUAACGUGCAUGUUAUCCUGCAUUUACGUUAAAUUCUACAAAUUGAUGUGAUGUAUGACAAAUAACGUUUCUCAAAAACGUUAUCUGGUAACAUAACAGGUUCAUUUUAACGGGGCGUAUUUAACCUCUUGUUAUAAAAUAACGUAUAGUAUAAAGAAUAAAUAAAUAUAAAAAAUGGACAAUUUAGUCCAGAAUUUUGUCAGAUUGUAAAUGUCGGGCUAUUAAAAUAAUUAGAUGAUACUAUUUUAGGUUUGUAAAGUUAUUUUUUAGAAAUAGUGUAUUAUUUUUUGAGGUUAUGUUAUUUGUAAACAAAAACAUUUUAUUCAUAUAAAUAUUAUAAAUGAAGAAAACAUACAGACUAUACUGACUAUAGAGACCAGUUUGGCCAGAUUGGGUAAAUCCAUUUGAAUGUUCGUUUUGUAGUUUAUUUCAAUCCUUGUUGAGCCAUUUUAUAACAUAACAACAGGACAAGCAAAAAUUAAAUAAAAUUCACAAUAGAAAGAACACCUCACGGACCGAGGGCCGGGAAUUUCAAAUAACAUCUUGGUUUUGAGUUUUGGUGCUAGUGCCAGAUGUUCGAGUGGGAUGAACAAGAUGCGUACUUCGCUGCACGCUGCAUGUUUAUGUCUGUCUUCCUCUAACGUAUUCAAUUUCUGUAUACUGUUAUUCUUGUCGCGCAAGACGAUACUUUAACGUUUUGAAAAUAACAUGCUGGAUAACGCGCACGUUAAAAACAUGAUACAUCACAUCUAAUUUUUGGCAACACGUUAUACAGGCUGUUAUAAUCAAACGUUAUGUUAACAUAACGUGUACACGUUAUUUAUAACAGGUUUGUUACAUCACAGGGCUUAUUAUUCUACUGUUUAUCGCAAGGGGAAAAAUUAAAUAAAGGAGUAAACUGUUCCUUUUUGUGACAGUUACAUAGACAAAAACAAUCAGACUACCCCAUCUCUAUAUAGCAGUUAGAACAAAAACAGGAUGAUCAGCUAUAAAUGUAUCAAAGACAUGAAAAUUUCCAAUUGUACAAAUGUAGAUCCACUACUUGUAUUUAGAUAUUGUCAAGUCUUUAAUUAAAGUAAAAACUUUACAUCAGUGCAUUUACUAAUGAUACGAGGGUCAUUUGAAAAAAAUGUUUCCUAUGUCGCUGAGAAAGAGUGCGACGUGCUGGGAGAAAUCUGGCAACACUGCCUUACACAUCAACUCCUCUCUCGCCUCGCUGCAUUGCUCAGUGUCAGCCUAGCAGCCUUCGAAGAUGGAGGUCACGGUCGCUGUUACCGCCAAUGUGAAGUUGAUGUUGUGAUACGUUUUUUUUUAAUGCAAAAUGUAUUUCACCUAUUGAAAUUUAUCGGCAGUUAACCGAAGUUUAUAGGUUAAAAUACAUAUCUGUUCAACAUGUUCACAACGAACCGAAAUUCACGAUGAAGAUUGAAGCGGAAGGCCUGCAGAUUCAUCGUGAAUUUCCAUUUGGACUUGACUGAAUUCUCUACACCAUUUGUGAACAUGUUGAACAGAUAUGCACUUUUACCCAUAAACUUCGAUUAACUGACGAUAAAUGUAAAUAGGUGAAAUCCAUUAAAACACGUAUCACAGCAUGAAUUUCACAUUGACUGUAACAGCGAUCGUGACCACCAUCUUCGAAGGCUGCUAAGCCGACACUGAGCAAUGCAGCGAGGCGAAAGUGGUGGGAUGAGGGAGAGAGAGGGGGAGGUAAAGUUUAUGUGUAAGGCAGUGUUGCCAGAUUUCUCCCAGCACAUCACACUCUUUCUCAGUGGCAUAGAGAACCUUUCUUUACGAAUGAUAUAAAUUGUCAUAUUGAAUAUUGUCUUAAUGGAAGCAGGAAAUACUGUUGUAUUAGAAGUGCACUUUAAUGGUAUUUCGUCUAAGUGUUGAUGGCAACGGUUGUACGCUGUAAGCAAACUUGCGUAUCUUAUGUGUGCAGGGUAAGCUUUUAAACGCAUGCUAGGUAACAAGUUAUUUAACAUUAUGGUUCGUUUUUACUUCCUACAUUUGUUGUUUUGAGUCAAAUAAGCAUAAUGAAAAAAAAAAAGAAUUGUAUAGUUUUUAAUUUCUGCAAAUCUUCAGUUUAAAAUAGUCCGUUCUAAAAUGUUUCUGUCUGGUAUGUCCACGAGUAUUCGAGAAUCAAUGCAGUAUGCAGAGUAUUAACACUUUUUUGUGUUUUUUGUAAGAACAUUUCAGAAACAUUUUUUGUAAGUAUAGUAGAUAAAUAAAUAUGGAAGUUAAAGCAAACGCCAAUGAUGAGUUUCGCUACGAAGCUUUAAUUAGUCCAUUCUGACCAGUUUGUAUGAGUUGUUGCGAUUGGAUAUACAAGGAAAAGUGGAAGGUAAAAGAGAACCGGGGAGAGGACGCAUGUCCUGGUUGAAAAAUUUAAGGCGGUGGUCUGGAAAAACAACUAUGACACUCUUCAGAACUUGUGAAGAGAGAAUAAACUGGACCAUGAUGAUUGCCAUUUUAUUAAAAGGAUGAGGUACAUGAAGAAGAAGAAGAA